AUGGGGUUACGGACCAUCCUGCAGCGUGUGGAACUUCCCUUUGUCUCGCGAUGGAUUAACGAUGACAUCCGACCCAUUGAGUCCAAGCGACGGACCUGGGGCUUACUGAUGUUCCACAACUUUUGGCUGCUUGUCAACUGCAACAUCACCACCUACCUCACCGGCAGUGCCCUCAUCCCACUUGGACUGACGUGGUGGCAGGCGUUCAUAUGCAUUGUUCUUGGUAACCUCAUCGCGACUGGAGUCGUCAUUCUCAAUUCCCUACCGGGAAGCUAUUAUCACCUCGGCUUUCCUGUCUACAGUCGAGCAGUAUGGGGCAUGUGGGGGUCCCAAUUCACCAUCUGGAAUCGUAUCUUUCUAUCCCUAGCCGCCUAUAGGUACGGCUUCACGGCCUGGGUUGGCGGAGAAUGCAUCCACGUCAUUCUCCUCUCCUGGGACCCCCGUCUCGAAUCCCAUAUCCCCAACACGAUGCCCUCAGAUACCGGCAUGACGACCGCCCAGUUCGUGUCCUACAUAAUAUUCUGCAUCAUUAGCCUUCCCGUCCUCUGGAUUCGCCCCCACCGCCUCGAGAAGUUCUUUCGUUUCGCCUGCUCCAUCACCUUCGUCUUCUUUACCGUCCUCCUCAUCUGGGCCCUCGCAACAAUGGGGCCUUCCGGCUUCGGCAAUACCAUAACAUCCGGCUCAGCGCUACCUAAUACGGGAGGGCCAAAAAGUGUGGCGUGGCUCAUGGUUUAUGGCAUCGUCUCGACAAUCGGUUCGAUUGCGGCUGGUAUUCUGAAUCAAAAUGACUACUCGCGCUUCGCGACACGGCCGAAAGACGCCAUCAUUGGCCAAGCGAUUUCGUUCCCAUUCUACGGAAUCUUCAGCUCAUUGAUUGGGAUUCUUGUCACGGCGGCUACGCAGCACCGCUUUGGAGGCGAGGCUAUCUGGAACCCGCCAUCGCUGUUCGCACAGCUGCUUGCUCAGAACGAGACUGCCGGCACACGCGCGGCGUGUUUCUUUGCGGGAUUGUGUCUGGUCAUCUCACAGAUUGGCGUCAACGUGCCUGGUAACGCGUUGGCGGGAGGGUUCGACUUGGCCGCUACGUUUCCGAAAUAUCUCAACAUUCGUCGGGGCGCCUACAUUACGGCAAUCUUUAGUAUCGUUGUCAACCCCUGGCGUCUCGUUAACACUGCCACGACUUUCUUGACCGUGCUGUCUAGCUACAGUGUUUUCCUCGCACCAAUGACGGGUCUGAUGAUUUCCAGCUAUUUGGUCGUCAAUAAGAGGAAGAUCAAUGUUGAUGAUUUGUAUCGCGGUGACUUAGAGAGCAUAUACUGGUUCUCUUACGGAUGUAAUUGGAGAGCACCUGUAGCGUGGCUCGUGGGUGUCAUUCCAUGUAUGCCUGGUUUUGUCGCUGCUGUAGAUACUUCGUUUACGGUAACCGAUGGGGCGACGGAGCUAUACUACAUGUCUUACAUGUACGGUCUUUUAUCCAGCUGUGUCGUCUAUGCCGCUCUCCAUAGAGUGUUCCCGGCCAGGAAUCUUGAUUCCUUCGUCAAGAAUGCCCCUUCUGCUAGGGAACUUCAGGAGUUCCAUCUUGGAAGAUGGGAUAUUACUCUCGCUGAGACACCCAAUGUGGUGGAUGCAUGGCCGGAGCAAGGGGGAAAGGCAGGCAAUACUGUUUCUGCUACGAAGGAAGAUGUAUAA